AUGGCCGUGGCACUUUUGAUUUUCUUUGGGGGAGGGCAGCUACGUCCUGCUGCCCUCCCUUUUGAGCAGGGCGAGGACCCCUCGCCAUCCCUCCCUCCCUUCCUCUGCAACAACCGAUUCCAUGCCAGGUCACUCCCCAGCGGUGGGCAACAAUCACAAUGGGAACGCAACGAGCAGUCGGUCUUGCUGCAAAAACGCGGCCCGUCCAGGCCUACAAAGAUGCGGCAUUGGAUGCGAGGCGUGAGAGAGCGAGGCUCUCAAAGCGCGAGUUCAAGCCGAUACCUGAUCGGCCACGCGGGAGCGACAAGUAUCGCCAACAACAAAAGCUGGCAAUGCAAUCGUGGAAAAUAUUCUUCACGCAGGUUUACGAGACAGAUCCGGACGACGUCUACCAAGCCGAUCCCGACCAGAUUUGGCUUGACCUAUGUAACCGCGGGACCGACGCAUACAAUGGAGCGAUUCACUGUUGCCAGCAGUUCCUUAAGGAUUACGUUAGGGCUUCUGAGCGACCGGUCGUGAGCAUCGGGCCGGAAGAACGCAGGAUUGAACGAUCAAUAAAUAGGGAUUUGAGUGUCAGACACUUUUGGGAAUCCCUCGUAGUUGCGGCUGAUAGAACGAUCCUUAGCGAAAAGAGGAGGAGUGUUACUAGCAACCCUGAUAAAUGGACCUUGUCAACUACACAAAGCCACAAGUCACGGGGUUCAGGGCCAGUCUGGCAGAUUUCACACCGGUUCGCUGCUACCAUGAUUCCGCUCGCUCACACAAAUUACGGACAGUGGAUUGCCUCUGAUUUGUCGACUGAGCUCGAGCUCACUAAGAAGCAAACAUUCGUCAAGGUCGCAGCGACGACCGCCGAUAUUCUUGUUGUCUUGAUGACUCUAUGGACUCGUGCGAACGAUAUUCCAUGCGACCGCGAGACUCGAGUCGCCUUCCACGCUAGAAUUCUAUUGGCCUCUAUGGGUGGAUUCCGCCGUGGAACUCUGGAUAAACUGAAAUACAGUCAAAUCAAAAUGCAUCUCUCCCGGCCUGGAAAAAAGGCCGUCGAAAACAUGAGUGUCUUCGGCGACCUUACAUUAUACUACAACAAACAGCAGACAGACAAGAUUUGUACCUCGCAGGAUGAUGUAAUUGAAAUAGGCCUGAAAAAUACAAAUGAUCCACUUGUCGACCUGGUGAGAAUCGUCGCUGCCCAGGCAAUCAAGGACGGCGCUUUCGAUCCCCCGUAUCACUCUUGGGAGGAUCUCGAAAAGCCUAGGGACGCCGAAUAUGCCGAACUACAUUGGAAAAAAGAAAUGUUAGACCGUGAGAUCUUUGCACUGUCUCACGAAACUGAGCGUGCCCUCUGGUAUCGUACACUUCUGGUGGCCGGCUAUCGUGAACCCAUGCGGUUGUACUCCAUACGAGUAGGUGCAGGUGCUCGCCUCGACAAGUCGUUCACUUCGGCGCAGCGCAACUAUGUGCUCUCCAAUUCCAACAAAGUAUUCGAGGAAUACUACCAGCCGAGGAAUUUCGAUGGCGACCUUGUUCAAGUCGCAUUCGGCGAGCAUGCCCGAGGCAAUGACGAACUGUUCAAACGUAUGCGGGAGGCCUCUUUUAAACGAAACGAAAAUGCCCCAAUCUAUGUAACCCAAGAAGAUCUCGAGUCUUUCCAAAAGCGGGAGGACAUCAGCGAGCUGCGUGCAGAAUACGCGAGACUCAAAGAAACUGCGAGGCUUGAAAAGCGCGCGAAGCAUGAAGAGGGCAAGUCUGAAAUUAAUGAUAAGUCCGAGGCUGAAAAGGAGGCGGCUCGUGUACUAUCUCACAUAAGCAAAACAAUUGCAAACCUGUGCGCCAGCACACUCAAGGGGUCUAGAGCUGAGUUUUUCGAGCGAGUGGACCGCGAAGAGGGGGACAAGGGCAAAUUUAAGAGGGAUUUGCAAACCUUACAUGUCAACCCACAAAAGCCUCGGCACAUCGCAGCAGGUAACGCUGCGGUGAAGAUCGGCCAAAUCUUGCGUGGAGACAUUGUUCGAGGCGACACCUUCAGCAAAGCACUUCUUUCUUUUCUCCAGUGCCAAGAAAAGGAUCACAUUAUCAACAAUGCAAUGGAAUGGAGCAAUCAUGUUGAGAAAGUUCACGGCAAGCUCAACGCCCCAGGACUGCCGGAAAACAAGGACAGCUUCGCCCGGAAGCGGAAAAGAAACGAGCACAGGCUAAAGGGAGGAGACGAGGCAAGUGAUAUCCAACAGGUCAUCGGGAAGAAGCGAAAGGUUUCAGACAAGGGCCGACUUGAGAUUUACGAGGGAAAGUUGGCCUUAUGCCUCUUUUGCAAAAUGACAAUGGCACCUGGGAGGUGCUUUUCCAAGCAUCUAGGAAAGAAGCAUCGGGGUAGGUUUGAGUCUGAAAUUCACUGCCCCAAAUGUUUAGAGUCGGAUGAAGAGGUUGCAAUUCUCGGGCGUUAUCAUUGGAGUCACCAUAUUGCGGAGGUUCAUGGUGGCGACAACGGCGCUCUGCUUGUCGAGGCUGCCGGCGUCUCCGAAAUGACCUGCGUUAAGGAUGUCGGUGUCAGUGGCAUUGGGGCUUUGCUUGAGCCAAGCAUCACGGAUACUGUCAUAUAUCCGUUUCUUGGGGAUGUCUAA